UAUUUUUAUCCAAUUCAGAACUGUAUACCCUUCUCUCUCUCUCGUUCUAAUUCUUCCCUGUGCAAAAAGAACCAACGCCGUAGUUCCUCACUUAUCUCCCUCCGUCUUCUUUUCUUCUUCACAAAACAUAAUUUGCACAAAAAUCCAACAAUAAAAAUACACACUCAUAAGGAGAAUUUCAGUAUUCAAGUAGAAGGGAUUUGGAGAAAACAUUUUGAGAGUUAGGGUUUGUGCUCUGAAAGAGGAAAAGAGUACCCACCCUUUUAGGAUUGCUUAUUUUGGCUUCUUUGAGAUUCAACGACGAGUAGGUCGUUCGGUGGUCGUGGGACUGUUGAAAUCAAUUGCGUUGAUUCGUCGUAGUUAUUCUCAGGCCACUAAGUAGCAGGCUCAUGUCAGAAUCAAGUCGAUCGAUUAUUUUAUUGAGUCUCAAUCUCAAUUGUGCUCUUCCGCGCUGCCACUGUGACCCUUCACCUUGUUCUUCCCAAAUUCAGCAAAAUGGAAGUGACUCUUUGUCUGAUCAAGUUGAAGGUAUGAAUGCAUUCAAGGCAUACCAAGCAUGUGUCCCAAUUGCUUGGAGCCCAAAUCUCUAUAUAACUCUGGUGAGGGGCAUUCCAGGGACCAGGAGGCUCCACAGACGCACUUUGGAAGCACUACGCCUGGGAAAAUGCAAUCGAACUGUCAUGCGAUGGAACACGCCUACUGUUAGGGGAAUGCUCCAACAGGUCAAGAGGCUAGUUGUCAUUGAGACAGAGGAGAUGUACAAGGCCCGCAAACAGAAGGAGGAAGCCCACCGAGCUCUGCGUCCUCCAUUGGUCAUAAAUCAUCAACCGUCUUUGGCUACUGGUACCUUAUAAUAGCCUGCUGUUGUCUUAAAGAUUAUGUCUUCUUGCUACUGAACCUAUCAAGGGCUGAAGUUAGCGACUUUGGCCUCAAAUGGAUAAAUUCUUGCUUUGAAGAUCAUGCUUUAGUUUGAAUUUAUAAUUUUGUAGUCUUUUCAACUUAUAUUCGUUAGUCAAAUUUUGGCCUUUGUUUAUGAAAACAGGCUAUUUAGGAGUUUCUUUAUUUAUAUUUAGAGUUGGGGAAUCGAUGUUCUCCAAAUGCUUAUUUCUUUUGGAAACAACUUACAAUCUAGUUUGCAUUU